CGUCUUCUCAUCGAUUUCUUCUGCCAGAGUUUAAAUACAAGUCUUUUGAGACCAUACUUAGAUUCAUUGGGUGGAACAAGGUUUCAAAACGGUGCAAAUUUCGCUAUUGUUGGAUCCGCUACUCUCCCCAAAAACGUCCCUUUCUCGCUCAGCAUUCAGCUCAUGCAGUUCAGUCAUUUCAAAUCUCGAUCACUCGAGCUCGCUUCUAGUUCAAAUUCAUUAAAGGGAAUGUACAUAAGUGAAAAUGGAUUCAAAAACGCAUUAUACAUGAUUGAUAUAGGACAGAACGACAUUUCGCAUUCUUUCGCUGAAGGCAACUCGUAUUCUCAAACGGUUAAGCUAAUUCCACAAAUUGUUUCCGAGAUACAAAGUGGCAUAAUGAGAUUAUAUAAUGAAGGAGGAAGGAGAUUCUGGAUUCACAACACUGGUCCAUUGGGUUGUCUACCUCAAAAACUCUCAAUGGUCAAGAGCAAAGAUCUCGACCAGCACGGUUGCUUAGCCAGUUACAACUCGGCAGCAAAGCUUUUUAACCAAAGAUUAGAUCAUAUGUGUGAGGAGCUGAGGAGCCAACUUAAAGACGCCACAAUAAUCUAUGUCGACAUAUACACUAUUAAAUACAGCCUCAUUGCAAACUCCAACGAAUACGGCUUUGGGAGACCGUUAAUGGCUUGCUGCGGAUAUGAAGGGACUCCUUACAACUACAAUGUGAACAUAACAUGUGGCCACAAAGGCUCUAAUGUAUGUGACAAAGGGUCUCGCUUCGUAAGCUGGGAUGGGAUUCAUUACACCGAGACAGCUAAUGCCAUUGUGGCCAUGAAAGUUCUUUCAAUGCACUAUUCAAAACCGUCAACUCCAUUCCAUUUCUUCUGCCGUCGCUGAUAACAAAAGUAUUAUCGAUUUAUAGAUUAUAAAAAGUGUGUAGGCAUCACUCGGACGCAAUCCACGCUUGGGUAUAUAUGGGUAGGUCAGGUGUUAUCCUACAAAGAAGCUUCACCAAGUGAGGUUUUUAAAGUCACCGACGUAAAAGCCUAUAUUCAACUGACGUCAAAACUCAAAAGCCUUUUAUUGUGUAGUGCACUGUGAUCUCAAGUCUCACAACGUAAGAAUCUGAUCCGUACAACUUCUUUUUAA